CGGGCUUCUUUUUAACGAGGUAAAUAUUCGGUGGGCACCGUGCAGUUGUAUGGCGCUGAAUUGCAAAUUUCAAACCGGAUUGUUUACCUUUAUGUCUUCACGAUUCAAUUAUGUCUACAUUUUUGAAAAAUAUAUAUUUCUUCACCAAGAUCUUACAGCAAGCUAGCACAGAGGAAGUAGCAACUUGGAACAAGGAUUCUUUACAAAAUGCUCUCCACUGGGCAGCUUAUUGCAAAGAGAUCUAUAAACAAGUGAUUAAAAAACCUUAUAAGGAAGUAUUCGACCAACAACUCAUAAAGCUGAAUGCAGUGCAGUCAUCCCCUUUGAUAUGUGGAGACCUUAAUCUUCAGUUUCUGGACAAAGCCACUGACAAUCUAAGACAAUUGCUGUUCUGUAAUUGUCAUCUUCCAGAGGAAUUAUUUGAGGAACUUAUUCAAAUUUCCCUGGGAGAAAAGGAAAUUAUCAUCAAGCAAUGUGCUGAGCUCAGCAGUCUCCAUGCUUCCUUGCAAAUAAUUUCCAGACUAGAAAGAGACAUUGUAAACUGCAGCUAUGACAAAUGCCGACCUAGUAAAACAGGCACACGUUUGUCAUUGGUUACUAUUGUUAAAACUGAAAUACUCUGGCAGAGACUUAUCAACCAAAUCUCUAUUAUUUCUGAUGAAGACAGGUUGGACUUGUUGGUAUUAAAAAUCAUUUCCAAUUUACCUGCUUCUAAAGAUGGUUGGGAAAUUCUUCUUUAUCUUCUAACAAAAAAAGAUGUUGACAUUAAUCCUACACUGUGGAACAUUUCCAAAGACUCAUAUUCAAAAGUGUAUCAGUUUCUUGAACAAUUUGUCCAAAACAAUAUCACGAUGUCCAAACCUCCAAGCAUAAUAUGGUCUGUAGCAGAGGAUUUAUUCUCUCAAGUGAUACUUCUCUCUUUUCCGGUGUUUUCCACCUGUUUACGCCAACUCAUUGACUGGGCAAAGCAAUUUUCACCUGUCUACCACCACCAUGACCAACGCAAUUCACUCUACACUUGGCAGCUUCAAGAAAAGGAUAGUAAUGAAAUAUCGACAUUUGCAGAUCUUUCUAAACACUUUAUGAUUCUCACGAACUGUGGAGAGCAACCCAAGAAAGCAGUACAGGCUGCAUUGGAGAGCUUACAGAACCAAACUAGCUGCAGCAUAUGGCAUGACCUUCUGACCAAAAUAUCAACAAAGGACCACAUUUAAACUUACAUGAACUAAAGUGUUGAUGUAUUUCCUUCUAACUGCACAUACAUGGAGAGGAAGGACAUUAUUUCUAAAUGGCAAUUCUAGUUUGUGUGUGUAUGAAGAAGACAUAUAUUUUCAUAAAAAUCUCAAUGUCCAACUGUUAUAAAAAAAAAAUAUUAACUAACUUCUGAGAGUUUGAUUAUUAGUUUCAAAUCUGUGAUAACCAUGGUACUGUGAGAAAUCUACCAUGUGGUCUUGAAUUAAGUCCCACAGUGCAGCAUCUUUGGGCAUAUACCAUAUAGCCCCAGGCUGACCAAUACCGUGUAAGUAUUUGGUAGAUGGAAACUGAAAGAAGCCUAUUGUGUAUAUGAACCCUUGUUUAGACAUCACAUGAUGGUUGCAAAUGAGCAUCAUUGUCAUAU